AUGUACUUCAGCUGCAACGUCAGCUUCUCUUCGCUCCCCGUCUUCCUACCCACCAUCCUGAAAGACAUGGGAUUCACCUCGAUCAACGCACAGGGCCUUACAGCUCCGCCCUACUUUCUCUCCUUCCUUUUGACGAUCGCAACUACUUAUAUAGCCGACCGAUUCCAACAGCGCGGCCUGAUGAUCGCCUUCCUAUCCGUCGUAGGCGCCGUCGGCUACGUGCUUCUUGCCACCUGCACCGCCGUCGGAGUUCGUUAUCUAGGCGUGUUCCUCGCCGCAGCGGGAGUCUUCCCGUGCAUCGGAAACAUCCUCCCGUGGUCCUUAAGUACGUCUCCCCUCGUCCAUUCCCAUCCUCCCCAAAGAAAACCACUAAUACAAAUACCACCGCCAGACAACCAAGGCUCCGACACCCGUCGCGGAAUGGGAAUCGUCAUUCUCAACCUCAUCGGCCAAUGCGGCCCCUUCCUGGGGACAAACGUGUACCCCGAAACCGACGGCCCGCGUUACAUCCGGGGCCAAUCGAUCUGCGCCGCGUUCAUGUUCUUCACGACCAUUCUGGCGCUCUCCCUGCGGACGCUGCUGGCGUGGGAGAAUCGUCGAUUGGACGAGAAGCAUGGGCGAUUGGGAGAGGGAGUUGGGGAUGAUAAGGCGGAGACGGUGGCGCGGGAAAACUAUGGCGCUGCGUUUCGGUAUGUCUUAUAG